GGCAGGCAGUCAGCCUGGACACUUUCCAGGAUCAGGUGUGGCUAAAAUGUAAAGGGCAAGGCUGAUAAAAGGAGCGCGCGGAGAAGUAUGAAGUGAUAGUGUCUGUUUUUCGGACACCUGCAGAGAAAGCUUAAGGCCGGCGGGGCUUUUCCCUGGAAAUGCAGUCUGGUCCUUCUCUGCUCAGGAGGCUGGAGUGAGCGGCUGUAGUAGCAGAAAUCUUUCAAGUUCUUUAAGUCUUUAUUGGUCCGGCCGGCCACGGAACUUUGGAGGAGGGGGUGGGUGGGAAAGGAAGCCCAUAAAGGGGAGGUGCAGUUUCAGAACCGGCCUAGCUCUCUCCUCUCUUGCUGACCGGCCUCUGGCGGGUCUCUCCUCCAACCUGGCCCGGCAGACCCCUCAGGGGACACCAAUGGCCAACCACAGAUUCAGUUCCGUGUCCGAGGAAGAACCCUGCUGCAACAUUUCCAAGAAAACCCAGAUCUGUCUCUGCGUCUUUUUUGGUCUGCUGAUCGCGGUGAUCAUCGCGGUGCCGGUCGGAAUCUUGAUGCGGCGCCCUCCGCCCAAGCAGUGGAAGGGGGAGGGCACCACUGCCCAUUUGUCCGAGAUCCUCCUGGGACGGUGCUACACCUACACUCAAGUCGUGCGACCUGAGCUGGGACAUAAAGACUGCCAAAAGAUAGGGAAGGCAUUCACAAAGGCAUUUCUUAUGAAGGAUCCUUGCGGCAGUACGGAACAGGACUAUCAGCUGCUGAUGGAGCUGACAGAUGAAGCUGUCCCUUGCGACAAGACCCUUUUCUGGAGCAAAUCCAGCGAGCUGGUGCAUGACUACACGCGGGUCCGGCGGGACAUGUUCACGCUGGAGGACACACUGCUGGGCUACAUGGCGGACGGCCUCAAGUGGUGUGGAGACCCAGGCUCUUCUGAAAUGAACUAUCACUCUUGUCCCGACUGGAGGGAAGACUGCAGCAACAACCCUUUUUCUGUAUUCUGGAACACGGUGUCCAAAAGGUUUGCAGAAGAUGCCUGUGGUGUGGUCCAUGUGGUGCUCAAUGGGUCCAUCAGUAACACCUUUGAUGAAAGAAGCACUUUUGGACGUGUGGAAGUCUUUAAUUUGCAUCCGGAGAAGGUUAAUAGACUAGAGGCCUGGGUGAUGCAUGACAUUGGAAGUGUUCACAGUGACUCAUGCUCAAGUUCCUCCGUAAAUGAUCUGAAACAGAUUCUAAAGAGAAGGAAUAUUACAUUUUCUUGCCAGAAUAAUUACCGGCCUAUCAGGCUUCUUCAGUGUGUGAAAAAUCCUGGGGAUUCAUCUUGCUGAUCUUACAUAUGAGCCAAUCAGCACGGUCGUUUCAGAUCUUUGAGCCUUGCAGUAUAUACUGGCAUGUGUAAUUCAGGAGACACGCUGCUGGGAAGCUGAAGACUUGGGGGAGGGGGAUCUUCUGUCAUGAUGCCAACACUAGAGUUAGAAGCCUUUCCCCCAAACUUUUAAAAUAACAUGUUAUUGGCGUAGUUUUUAUUUUGAUUUCCUAAAACUCAUGAAAAAAAUUAUGGUGUAUUAGAAUGAAAAUUUUAUAUUAAGUUAUUUCAUUUUAAUUUUCAUAGGUGCUUUUAUGUUGUUUAUAUGUUGGUAGCAUCCUUUCUGUUGAAAAUGACUAUACCAAACCUCUCUUACUGGUGCAGGUAAUUAAGAGAAAGUAAAUGACCAUGAAUGACCUUGUCUCAGGAUAUAUUUUUGUACCCUUUCUACAAAUAAAGUAUAAAUGCCGUGGUUAUGGGUCAUGUUGGGAAACGAAUUCUAUAGGAUAUAAGCUACUCAUGUGCUUUACCUCCCACUCUUCCAACAGCCCUAUGAGGUUGGUACUGUUAACUCCCAUUUGUUGGUUAAGAAAUGGAAGUUCAGAGAGGUUAUGUAAUUUGCCUAAAGUCAUACAUUUAGUUCAAGGUAGAGGCUGGAUUUCAACUCAGCUCUGUCUGACUCCAAAAUAUAUAUGCUCUCUUUCUAGGCCUAUAAUACCAGCUGACAUGCUUUAUGUUCUCUUCUAAUAAAUGCAUGUUGGGUUAAAUUGAAUAUAAUAGAAUCUGAACUGUGGUUUUUCUUUUUAAAGAUUUUAUUUAUUUAUUUGACAGAGAGAGAGACAGCGAGAAAGGGAACACAAGCAGGGGGAGUGGGAGAGGGAGAAGCAGGCUUCCCACAGAGCAGGGAGCCCAGUGCGGGGCUCAAUCCCAGGAUCCUGGGACCAUGACCCUGUUCAAUGAACAGACACUUAAUGACUGAGCCACCCAGACGCCCCCGAACUGUGUUUUUUCUGGGUAUCUUCAAAAACAGAUACAUUUUUUUCCCUCUUCAUCCUCUUCCUUCUCCUCCUGCUCAGUGUCUUACAUAUAUAAUAGGCAGUUAAAAUAUAUAUAUUUGUUCCUGAUACUGGGAAUUUGUUCUCCCUUUUUUUCUUGAUUAGUCUUGCUUGGGAAUUUAUCACUUUUAUUACUCUUUCAAAGAACUAACUUUUAGUUUUGUUUUCUCUUUCUGUUUAAUUGGUUUUCACUCUUCUCUUUAUUAUUAGGGAUAUAAAAAUUUCUUCUAAUUUCCUUGGGUUUCCUUAUUCAGCUUCUUAAGAUGGAAGCUUAGAUCAUUGAUUUUUCAGCACACUUUUUUUUCCUAUAUAUCACUUAGUACUAUAAAUUUUCCUCUGAAUGCUGCUUUAGCUGCAGAUCUUAAAUUUGGUAUGUCUCUUUUUAUUAUCAUUUAGUUAAAAAUAUUUUCAAAUUUAAUUGUUAUUUAGAAAUGUGUGGACUUAGUCUUAGAAAAUAUAUUGUAAGACCUAAGGAGUGAUUGUGGAAGCAGCUAAAGGUCAGCAGCAUUCCUGUUCUCGAGCUAUUGAACAAAGUGGCCCGGUAGGAGCAGGAUCCCAUGAUCCCCAAGGACAGGGCAUGAGUUAGGAGUUAUGAAACAAUGUGACACUCAGUCCCCCCUUUCUGCACUUGAUGAAUGCUAGCCCAAACAUCCCACUCUUCCCUUAUCCCAAGACUCCCUGCAUGCCUAUGUGUAGGGGAGAGUGCAAGCCUGCUUCAAGAUAUUUGCCAUCCCUUUGCACUCUUUCCCAUGAUUUGAGGCAUCUGUCCUUGCUUUUCUGAUAAAAAAAACAAAAUAAAAGUUAUGUGCAAGAUUCAGCUGCUGCUGCUCUCCUUUGCAGAGGCAGCCCUGCACGGCUGCUCAGAUUGGUGUCUGAGAACUUUAUUUCAGCGCGCGAUGACAGAAAUGUGUUGCCUAAUUUUCAAACAUCUGGAGAUUUUCUAGGUUUUUUUUUCCUAAGUGUAGAUUUGUUGUUGGGCGCCUGGGUGGCUCAGUUGGUUAAGUGGCUGCCUUCAGCUCAGGUCAUGACCCUGGAGUCUAGGAUCGAGUCCCACAUCGGGCUCCCUGCUCAGCUGGGAGUCUGAUUCUCCCUCUGACCCCACCCCCCUCAUGUGCUCUCUCUGUCUCUCUCAAAUAAAUAAAUAAAAUCUUUAAAAAAAUGUAGAUUUGUUGAAGAAUAAACUAAUUUGAGGGUCUCUCAGGGAACCCAUUAGUUUUGUUGAAAACAGCAUAAAUUUUGGAGUCAGCUGUUUCUAGGUUCAUAUUUUGGCAUUGCUCUGUAAUUGUGAAUGAAAUACUUACCUUCUUUGAACUUUGGCUCCCUUGCCACUCAAAUAAGGAUUAUCAUUUACCCCCCUGAAGGUGUGGUGGGACUAAAAGAUGACAACAAUUAACAGCGUAGUUUGGUGCCUCAUAGGUCAGCAAGCAUUCCACAAAGGUUGGCCCCUUUCUGCUGGCCCCUGGCUGGCAGUCCAGUUUCCUUCAGGAGUCAUGGCAGCUGUAGCCACUGUGGGCAGUCCACAGAUUCUUCUUAUGUGGCCCCCAUGUACACAUAUGCACAUCCUCACAGGCUUUAGUUUGGGCUGGACAUGAAGAUGGAUGCUCAAGACCAGUUCUGAUUAAGGCUCAGGCUUGCCCCAGGGUUCAAUGAACUCCAUCUGCAGAAUGUCUUCAGUGAUAAGUCCCUGCUAACCCCCUGGGUGACCUGGCUGUUUUCCUCUCAGGACCCUUUCUGCCUUACUGGUGGGCCUUCUUGAUGAUUUCUGGAUUCUCUAAUGUAUUUUCCUUCUUCCCCAGGAUACCCCUUGAAGUGUCAGAAAAAUUUUGUUCUUUACAUCCCCUUCCACAGAUGAAACAGAUAGAGUAGCAGUCAGUUUGCAAGAGGCUUCCCCCAAGAAGGCUCAGUUGAGUGUUCAAGUUCAAAGCUGGUGGAGACUAAGAGGAGGCUGAUCCCAAGGUUUUCACACUGUGCACAGAGUACCCCAGCGAGCUCUGGGAGUAUAGGGGGACUGGGGCACUCUUUCCUUGUAUGCCAUCUCUGUAUCUUCAUUCCCAUGAUGCCCAUCCCUGCCCCCUGUCUCUCUGCAUUUCCAACUUUGGGUAUCUUUGCAUGACCGUGACUGUGACCAUGCAGCCAUCUCUAGUCCUAAGGACCUUCUGGCCUACAUGUAUGAAUAUAUCCUUCAUAUCCCUCUUCUUAUAAGUGACAUCCUCACUGAAUUACUGACUGCUCAUAGCCUCAUACUUUACUCAUCAACCUGCUGCUCCCUGUCUCCCCACUCCAUUCAUGCUUGCUCUAGAAUAUGCUCUUACCAUCCCAACUUGUACCCACCAUCAUACUUAACCCAAAGGAUGUAACCUAGGACCUAAGUUCCCCUUUUCUCACUCCCGAAGGCUCACUAUUUUCUUUCUGUAGUGGUUCUUGACCUUAGAAUAUUUGAGACACUCUUUAAAUACAGUUCUGAAAUUUUAGGUUGAAUACUUGAAAGAAGACACACACAUAAACACAUGCAUAUAUAUAUAUAUAGCUCUUGUUGGAAACAAGCUCAGUUCAUGUCUGCACACUCCCUGAUACAAAGGACCCAGCAGGAGCAGUGCUGAUUUACUUCCUGGCAUCUCAUUUCUCCUUAAACAAUUCCUACGACUGUGACUUGAGUUUCUCAGGUAGAAUCCAUACUACACAGAAGGUUCGUUUUUUAAAAGGCAAGGAUAUAUGUUACUCAUGGCAAAUUAAAACUGUAUGAAGUAAGAUGUUAAAGUAAACCUAGAGUAUGCCAUAACUUUGAAAGGCAUUAUGGGAAUGCAGUGUUAACCCAGGCAUUCUCUCAGUUUUUAAAAAAUAAUGAAGCAGUUUAUUUAUACUACUAAGAGUUGUCAUUUUUUUUAAAGAUUUUAUUUAUUUAUUUGACAGAGAGAGACACAGCGAGAGAGGGAACACAAGCAGGGGGAGUGGGAGAGGGAGAAGCAGGCUCCCCGCAGAGCAGGGAGCCCGAUGCGGGACUCUAUCCCAGGACCCUGGGAUCAUGACCUGAGCUGAAGGCAGUCGCUUAACCAACUGAGCCACCCAGGCGCCCCUAAGAGUUGUCAUUUUUAACACAUAUGUUUUUAAACAAUUCAUCGGGAACUCAGUAGCUGGGUGUGCUUCCCUGAGAGGCAGUGGUUUGCUGGCUUUCACAUCAUACUCACAAAACACAGAAGGCUUUGUACUGGUCCCUGACAGGGCAUUUAUCCUCGAACUUGAUUCACAUAGAUGCACAGUGCCGUU